AUGUCAGCUUCCACUCUCUUUGACAUGGACAUUGAACGUUCUGGCUCACGUUGUUAUGGCUUUCCUGCGCUGUUCUCCAACUCGCUCCGUUCCGCUGCCCGCUCGACCCAGGCUCGGGGGUUCGCGACUUCCACCACAGUGCGGGCCGGCUAUGAAGACAGCAUCAAAAACAUCCUCAUCAACAAGGACACAAAAGUGCUCGUUCAGGGUUUCACCGGAAAGACUGGAACCUUCCACGCACAACAGGCUAUUGACUACGGAACCCGCAUGAUCGGAGGUACCAACCCAAAGAAAGCCGGCCAAUCCCACCUCGGCCUCCCCGUCUUCGGUACCGUCCGCGACGCCGUGCGCGAAGCCCAGCCUGACGCAUCCGUCAUCUACGUGCCUCCCGCAGGUGCCGCGGACGCCAUCAUUGAGGCUAUCGAGGCGGAGAUCAAGCUCAUUGUGACCAUCACGGAGGGGAUCCCGCAGCGGGACCAGAUCAGGGUGAUGAAUGCGCUCAAGAGCCAGAGCAAGAGUCGGAUGAUUGGCGGCAACUGUCCGGGGAUCAUCAGCGAGGGGUGCAAGAUGGGCAUCAUGCCGGGACACAUCUUCAAGCAGGGCAAGAUCGGUGUCGUUUCUAGGUCAGGAACCCUGACAUAUGAGGCUGUCAACCAAACCACCCUCGUCGGCCUCGGCCAGUCCCUCACCGUCGGAAUCGGAGGUGACCCCUUCCCCGGAACGCAGCACAUUGACGUCGUCAAGGUCCUCCUCGCCGACCCGCGCACCGAGGGUAUCGUCCUCAUCGGCGAAAUAGGUGGAUCGAUGGAGGAAGACGCCGCCGAGUAUCUCGAGCAGUACAAUGUCGGGCCCAACAAGAAGCCCGUCGUCGCGUUCAUUGCGGGCCGGACGGCGCCUCCGGGCAGGCGGAUGGGCCACGCGGGUGCCAUCAUCAGCGGAGGCAAGGGCGCGGCGAGCGACAAGGUCCGCGCGCUCGAGAAGGCGGGUGCGGUGAUUGCGCAGAGCCCGGCGCAGAUUGGUGCGUUGAUGUUGAAGGCGAUGCAGGAUGCGGGCAAGGCCUAG